GUCAGUUGUUAGAGUGUGAAGAGGAUGAAGGCAACGUACAGAGCUUAAUCUGUCCUGAACCGUAUUCUCUGUUACUGUCAAGGGAUUUCAAUGUUCAGCCUGUUCUUUUGCUUCCGUGCAGAUUUAAGCCGCACAUUUAUGGCGUUUGUGAGUGGAGACUUCUGCCAUGCUCAGCACCUCACAAUUGUGAACAAGUGAAUCAUCAGCCCCCCGCGGGACUACGCUACCCAGAAACCCCCCUGACAGCUAGCACUUUGAGCCAAGUCUGUUUCUCCCAAAUCCCCCUGGGAUUACGCGUAGUCCUCAGCUUGUGUGCAAGCAAGUACUCUGUCCUUCCCUUGCCAUUUUCUGUGUCUACAGUCAAUCCGAAACACCUCUCCUGAAUGGGCCGUCUUGCCAACAUGAACCGCCCUGCCGCUGUCGAAAUUACCUACGAGUGUAUGAGAUUUCUCAUCACACACUGCCCCACCAACAAUACCCUCAACAAAUUCACAGAGGAGCUAAACAAAUUAGAGGUUAACACGCUUGUGCGUGUGUGCGAGGCCACUUACGACAAGGGGCCGGUAGAGAGGGAGGGCAUCCAGGUCCUGGACUGGCCCUUUGAUGAUGGAGCUUCACCUCCAACCCAGAUUGUUGAUGAUUGGCUAAACUUGGUGAAGACUAAGUUCCGUGAUAACCCAGGGUGCUGUAUUGCCGUGCACUGUGUGGCAGGGUUGGGCCGAGCACCUGUUCUGGUAGCUUUGGCCCUAAUCGAGAGUGGAAUGAAGUACGAGGAUGCAGUGCAAUUUAUAAGGCAGAAGAGACGUGGAGCCUUUAACUCCAAACAGCUUCUUUACCUCGAGAAAUACAGACCUAAGAUGCGGCUGCGGUUCAGGGAUGCCAAUGGUCACAGCUGCUGCAUCCAGUAACGUGCCAGUUGUACACAACUAGUGGAAAAUUCACCUUGGGGAGAAAGUAAAAAGAUGUGGGUAAUUAAUGUGAUGAUUUUUAUUCUGAGUCAUGGCUAAUCAAUCACAGCGAUGUAACAAAUGAAACCUGAUCUGUGGAUUCACCAGCUGUAUAAAUGAGAGAGGUCAAAGCACACAAAUAUGGCGGCCUCCUGGUUACCAGUGUACCAGUCACGGAUUUAACAAACAGAAGUCCUUUGUGAUUUUUCCAAAGUCUAAUCAUGGGAUAGCUUUUUAUUCUGUUAUUUUUUCAAAUGAAUUAUUUUAACCAUUAUUAUAAAAGAUGUAUUAUUGUGUACUGUUGGCUGUAAUUAACAUAAAUUGGAUAAAUGGUCAAGUCGAUGUUUCUUGCUUUAUUAAAAUUUUUUACAUUUUUAGUCGCUGAAAAGGACCAAAGUCGUCUUUUCAAACACAGCUUUUUUUUCUCCCAGAUUGAAGUCAUUUUUAAUUUAGGUUCAUGCUGGGUUUUAAAUGUCAGCUGUAUUUAUUCUCUGUAAUUUUCAGGAGUAUGGUUUGGGCCAGGACACUUUAUUUUCUUUUCUUUCUUUUUUUUUCUUUUUUUUUGAGCCAUGCUAUUUUUACUUUGAAUUUCUAAAUCUGGGGAGUGCAAUAUUCCAUUUUAAAAGAACAAUCAAGUUUAGGACCGUCCUACAUACACACACAAGUUGAAAGUUUGGCUUGUUUUAGGUACUUCUCACUGACCGUGUCUACUCACUUUUUGGUAGUGCGCCAGUUAAAGGUUUUUGUUAGCCAGACAGGCAGUACACACACUUUUGCUGUGACCCCACUGAUCUGCCAUUAGGUGCACUCAAGGAAAUGACAGAUGGGAAACUGAUUGUUUUUAUUAAAUAUUUGCCCACAUUUUGAGAAUAUCCCCAUCUUGUUUUUAAAAUGAAUAAACAUAUUGAUAUGAA